AUGGUUUAUUUCAACAAUGAUGGGGCAAAUUAUAAUAUUGAAGAUGCUUUCAAUGCUGUUUCUAAAAUGAGUAUGGGUGGUAUGGGUGGAGACUCUACUACUUCAGCUAAAGCUGCUUGUAAAAUAUCUGUAAGACAAUUUGCUGGCUCUUGUAUCGGUGUGUUUUUGUUGGUCUUGUCUGCUCAAUGGUUACAUAGAGUUGCUCGUGAAUAUGAUGCAGCAAUUGCAAGAAGAAAAGCACUACAAUUUUCGUCAGCAGCUUCUAGUGACUCUUCUGUUGAUAACGUUGAAAAGAAUCAAACUAUAACUAGUGAAACCUAUAAACCAUCUUCAGAUGCUUUAGCAUUUUUCCCAGAAAACACUGCAUUUAGUAACUUCAUUCAGCCAGUUUUAUAUACAUUAAGUCAUAAUUGGUUCUGGGAUUAUAGAAAAGGAUCAACUUUUGGUUCUGUUUAUCCAUCAUUGGUUGAACAUCUUGUAAAAAGUAUAAUUUUCACAAUUCAAUGGGGUCAAUCUUAUAUUAUUAUGUUGUUAUUCAUGUACUAUAAUGGGUAUAUUAUCAUAUCUUGUCUUUUAGGUGCAUUAUUUGGAAGAUUAAUUUUCAACUAUGAGCCUAUAACAUGCACUACAAGAUCUGAUAGUGAACAGAAUGAUAGAAAAUGUUGCAUGUAA